AUGCCAGUGAUGAAGGGCCUCCUGGCCCCACAGAACACCUUUCUGGACACCAUCGCAACACGCUUUGAUGGCACCCACAGUAACUUCCUGCUGGGUAACGCCCAAGGCCACCGCGGCUACCCCAUCGUCUACUGCUCAGACGGCUUCUGCGAACUGACGGGCUUCACGAGAACCGAGGUGAUGCAGAAGAACUGCAGCUGCCGCUUCCUGUACGGGGCUGACACCAGCGAGCACGUGGCCCAGCAGAUGGUGAAGGCUCUGGAGGGCCGAGAGGAGUACCAGGCCGAGGUCCACUUCUACAAGAAGAACGGUGUGUCCUUCUGGUGUCUGUUAGACAUCGUGCCCAUAAAGAACGAGAAGGGCGAGAUGGUCCUCUUCCUCUUCUCAUUCAAGGACAUCACUGACACCCAUGGAAGGGGCCACCAGAACAGCAAGAAGGAGGAUUCAGAGGACAAGAGGCGCAGGAGGAAGAGCGGCUCUCACUUCAGCGAGGCCAGGAAGCGCGGACGCAACAUGCUGUACCAGCUGACCAGCCAGUUCUCGAGGGGAGGCAAGAGAGAGGUCAACCUGGGCCGCAGCAUGAUUGAUAAGCCUUCAAUACCGGAGUACAAGGUGGCAGCAGUGCAGAAGUCGCGCUUCAUUCUGCUCCACUACAGUGUGUCCAAAGCCCUGUGGGACUGGCUCAUUCUGCUGGCCACCUUCUAUGUGGCCGUCACCGUGCCCUACAACGUCAGCUUCACACCGUACGACGACACUGUCACAGCUGCACGCUCCACCAUCGUCAGUGACAUUGUUGUGGAAAUGCUCUUUAUCAUAGACAUUAUCCUGAACUUUCGCACCACCUAUGUAAGCCAGUCAGGGCAGGUGGUGUAUGAGUCACGCUCCAUCUGCAUUCACUACGCCACCACCUGGUUCUUUGUGGACCUGGUGGCUGCCCUGCCCUUUGACCUGCUGUAUGCCUUCAACAUCACAGUGACCUCCUUGGUCCACCUGCUCAAGACCGUACGCCUGCUGCGCCUCCUUCGCCUGCUUCAGAAGCUGGAUCGCUACUCCCAGUACAGCGCCAUGGUGCUGACCUUGCUGAUGUCUGUUUUUGGCCUGCUGGCACACUGGAUGGCCUGCAUCUGGUACAUGAUUGGACGCAAGGAGAUAGAGACCAAUGAGACCUGGGACAUUGGGUGGCUCCAUGAGUUGGGCAAACGUCUGGAGACGCCCUACAUCAACAGCACGGUGGGCGGCCCGACGGUGCGCAGCUCCUACAUCGCUGCCCUUUACUUUACCCUCAGCAGCCUGACCAGUGUGGGCUUUGGCAACGUCUGUGCCAACACCGAUGCUGAGAAGAUCUUCUCCAUCUGCACCAUGCUUGUCGGCGCACUGAUGCACGCCCUGGUCUUUGGUAACGUGACGGCCAUCAUCCAGCGUAUGUACUCACGCCGUUCUCUCUACCACACACGCAUGAAGGACCUGAAGGACUUCAUCCGUGUCCACCGCCUGCCCCAGCAGCUCAAACAACGCAUGCUGGAGUACUUCCAGACCACAUGGUCUGUCAACAAUGGUAUAGAUGCCAACGAGCUCCUGCACGACUUCCCUGACGAGCUCCGGGCCGACAUCGCCAUGCAUCUGAAUAAGGACAUCCUCCAGCUGCCGGUCUUCAAGGGGGCCAGUCGUGGCUGCCUGCGCUCGCUCUCCCUCCACAUAAAAACCUCCUUCUGUGUCCCUGGGGAGUACCUCAUCCGUCAGGGUGACGCGUUGCAUGCCAACUACUUUGUCUGCUCCGGGUCUCUGGAGGUGCUGAAAGACAGCAUGGUGCUGGCAAUAUUAGGAAAAGGGGACCUGAUUGGGUCUGACCUGCCUGGAACAGACCAGGUGAUCAAGACCAAUGCUGACGUGAAAGCACUGACCUACUGCGACCUCCAGUAUAUCAGUGUGCGUGGCCUGAGAGAGGUGCUGGAACUCUACCCCGAGUACGCCAGUGUUUUCGCCUCCGACAUCCACAACAACCUCACCUACAAUCUGCGUGAGGGCAGCCAGGAUGAGGGCCACAGCAGGUUCUCACGGUCACCCAGGCUUUCUCAUGAAUCCAGACUCCCCUCCAUCGUGGAAACAAAGGGGGAUGACCUCGACGACUCCUUCCACCUCUCUCCAGCGACCCGCUCCCGUCGAAACCUCCUGCUGCCCAGCUUCAGCAGCCCCGUUCGCCGUACCUCCCUGGGGAACCUCCUUGGGGAUGAACUGCGGCAGUUCAAUGCCCUGCGACGCUGCCGUUCACCAAACCUCAGCCGUGGCCUCCACGGCCAGAGCUCGUCCCCUCAGGCACCAUCGAAAAAAGAGCACAGCACCCCUACAACCACCCCAGCCUCAACUUCAGCCCAGGGAGAGUCCGGGGCUGAGCAAAAGCCCACAAAGCUGCUUAUCCCAACUGUCACCUGCUUUGGACCCCCAGAUCUCAGUCCCAGGGUUGUAGACGGCAUCGAAGACAAUGGACACACGUUCCAUUUCAACGUGGAGCACAGCGGGCCUAAAGCCAGUACAGGAGGCAGCACCCAAGACUCCACAAAGGCUAAUGCCAGUCUGCUGCUGGAGACAGAGGAGGUCAGACAGAGCAUCAGUCAACUCAACCACAAGAUGGGAACACUAAACCAGGAAGUAUCUGAGCUCACCAAGGGCCUGCACCACAUGAUGCACCUCCUCCAGGCUCACGUAUCUGUGCAUCACUACAAAGCCUCCCUCCAUUCAUACCCAUAUGGCAUCCAAAUGGUGUCCAGCCCUCCCACAGCCCCCGACACUAGCUACAGCCACCAAAGUGUCCCACACGCUGGCCACUGGAGCUAUAGUGCAGCUGCUGAAACCCAAACAGAGAGCCACCACCAGCCUCAAUCCUCUAGUCCACCUGCUCACUCCUGUCUCCCCCUCUCUGUAAACUCUGCACCCCGGUUAGGCCCGUGUCAUGGCUCUGAGAGCGUGACCACACAUCUGUGGACCAGUCCGUCUCUUCUGAGCGUCAGCCCGGGCUUUCAGGGUGGAAGCCCGGGCCUUGAAACUCAUGUUGGGCAUGAAGACAACAGACCUCUCAGUGCUAGCCCGACCACCAUCAGCCAGUCCCAGCCCACUUUGUGCCUGCAGCCUCCCAGCGAUAGUGAUGAAUACUCUUGCCUUUUGUCCAGCGCCCCUACAGGUGCGUCCACACACAGUCUGCUGGACUCAUCACCCAGUUCUUACCCCACUCUCUGCCUGCCCUCUGAGUCCCAUCUCAACUUAUCACAAGCCACACAUGAGGACAUUUGUGUUCUGAUGUCCGCCCCAGCAUCUCAUACUCUGAUACAGGACACCCCCAUCUUCCAAAUGGAGGACUCACACCCCUCAAUCCACCCUUUGUCUGCCUCUCCACCCACAUUGCCGGGCCAGCCUCUGGGACCCUCGCUGGAUUCAGGAUCACUGCGAUCGGAUGCUCUCGAGCCCCACCUUCCACUGGGCGACCCAUCUGCCAUAGAACACCCAAGUCUGGAGUGCCUGCUAGGGAACAGGGGCUCCAUGGAGAGCAGGGACAGUGAGAGCGUGUCAUCACGAAGGUCCAGCAUUGGCGUCCAGACUCAGAGCACAGAGCAGUCGUGGUGUCUGGACCUCACAGACUAAACUAUUACAGGGGCAGACUCGCUGACGUCACUGCGACUGGAACAAAAGACUGGAGGAGAAAGUGGAUUUAUUUACAUGCAACGUCUGACAGUGUUUAAAGAGACCCUGCUGGAGAUUGUCGGUGUGUGCUGUAUUUCCCUCUCUUAAUUCCUGGGCUCUCAUAUUUGUCAAACUCCACGCAACUUACACCAUUUCUAUGCAAAGCAUGUCAUUUGUGCAUUAUCUUGGCUUUACUGAAGUGUGUCUUUUAAAAAAAAGAAGCUCCACAGCAGUGGGUUCCAGUAUAUACUGUAUAUUUUUUCCAACAUCCUCAGAGCAAUUUGCAGUUGAUAAAAUCUAUUACCUCCUUGCAUGGUAAAGUUGUUUAUUCUUUUUCCUAAGGAAAAGGUUUCCAAAUCAAUGUGUAAGCAUUCUACAUGACAACUUGCUGAUUGUGUUCACAGAUACUGUAUUUGAGAGGCAGACAGGUCGGAGCGGUUGGAUGUUUUAAUGUACCGAGGAACAAAAAUGACACAUGCUUCACCUAGAGUAGAGUAUGUGCAUCACACGGCAUAGAUUGUUUAUUGUUUUGAAUUGAAUGUUUUUCUAGGUUCAGCGUUUUUUAUCUGUGAGUUCUUCUUAAUAACCAAACUCUACUGAUCACUACACAGUACAUAAAGUUUGAUUUCAGUUCAGUUCAUCUCCAGUUUUAAGCUCUCCUGAAGUCCUUCUGGAAAUGUGAAUACAUUUCCUAUUUUCGUUUCACCAAAGCAUUAAAGGUAGCGCUGUCGAGUAGGUUUAAUUGCUCUUUCCACAAAAAAACUUACUAAAGCUUGAAAAAUUCUUUCUCAAGGAUCUACACUUCUGUAAGCACAACAUAGCUGCUGAUAAUGAAACAUAAAUGAACAUACGUAUUUAGAUGAAAAGUGGGUCCCAUGAAAUAUUUAGUACUCUCAUUAAUUUACAAAAUAUGAAUGCCUCCUGGGAUGAAGAGCAUUAAAUCAUGAUACUCACACAAUAUUGAGAGUAUUCAGGAACUUUGAUCUUUUUGAAUGAAUAUCUCCU